GUCGGGAUGACGUGUCGAUGCUUCGUGCCCACGUGUCCGACAGAAGCAAAUUUCCCACUUGACUGACCGUGACAAGUUAGCCAGUCCACCGAUCGUUGUGUCAGUCACGAGUCAUCCCACGAAUACACUCACGACACAGCCACUCCAUCAGCCAGCCAGCCAGCCAGCCGUACAAAAGACAGAAAAUGCUAUAGGGGACUAAUGAGUCCUUGUCCGCUGAACUAAUAAGCGCCCGUCAUCCAUCACGCUUGACAGACAGACCAAUCAUUAAUCCGUCGCGUAAUCAAUCCAUGAGGGGGUGGAAGAGCCAGAGGGGGCUCUGGAAGGCUGCGACUGCUGGUGUGGGUGGUGUGGCCUAGUCGCGUUAGGCGCUGGGAGAGGUUCCGGUGUGGCGUGGGGCAUCGACGGGACGCGACCAGGGCCAGCACCAACCGAGCCGCCCUCAGCUGCCGCCGGCCAAGACGCAAGCCUUGUCGGCGGCUGCUCGCCUCUUGCCUCCAUCAUGCCAGCAGGCAGCCCGGUUCCCCCCAUUGGGCUCAUGGCGCCGAAGAACGGGCUGAUAGGAGCCGGCCCUGACCCCAUGUGCUCGGCGAGUAAUGGCAGCAUCUGCCUGGUGUUCAUGCCGAUGCUGAGGGGGCUGCGGGGCGAGGUGCCGGGGGGAGGGGACGUCGAUGGCGACGCGAGCUGGCCACCGUCUGCCCGUGGUUGCCGCCUCUGGAAGCGGUCGGCAUCGGGCACAUGUGGGGGGCCCGGCGCGCUUGAGGGGGUGGCAGUCAGCUCCAGCAGAGGCAGUUCGCGCUGUGAGUGAAUGGGAGGGGCCAGCAGCUGGUGAUACAGAGUCUCUCCUUCCGAACGGGACACAGGAACCUGGAGAGAGACAGACAGAGAGGCAGACGGGAUGUAGUCAAUGAUUGCAAUAAGGUAUGUCCUCUAUGCAGUCUCUGAGUAUGUGUACGUGCCGUACCUGGUCGGUGGUAUCUCCGUGGUCAUUGUUGUCCACUCGGUCUCUUCUCAUAUACCAAUCCGCGCCAUGGAAGCCGCGGCGUCGCUCGCGCACACGCAGCUCACCAUCGUAGUCGAAGCGGCCUCCUGGGCUCACAGACAGAGACCGAGACUCAUUCAUCUGCUUGCCCUGCCGCCUGCCUGCUCUGCUCCCGUGUCCUUCCUCCCUUCUCACCUCUGGAUGGUGGGGAUGGAUGGACCGGCGUGGCAGCAGCAGCAGCAGCAGCAGGAGAUGGUGGUGGUGGUGGUGGUCUCGGCUGGGGAGGACAGACCGGGCUGUAUCCCCUGGCCGUCUCGCCGCGCUCGCCCACAUCAGCAACACAACCUGGCAGCAAGACGCCAGCCCGAGCACCUGCAGCAGCUGCUGAUGCUGCUGGCGGUGGUGGGGGUGGAGGCCGGGGUAGAGGUGGGGGUGGCACGUUCGCCUCCCUUGUCUCUAACUGAAUGAGUCGCGCCCUCAGGUCCUGCUCGCGAACAACCUGACUCUCACACACACACAGAGUCAGGCAGGCGCACGAAUGACCAUGUCCUUCUUCUCUCGUCUCUGCACUCUGACGGCACUUGACUCACUUGUUUGGCCGUGGCCUCGAUGGCGCUAACAAGGCAUCGGUUCGAUCGCAGGUCUCUCUCGCUGAUGGGUGUGCGCGUGGUGGGCGAGAGGGGCUUUUCCGAGGCGCGGAUGAUGCUCAGGAUAGCCUUGUACUCGUAGGUAUUGCCCUGUUAACACACAGAGAUGGAGGAGAAGCUCAUGAGCUGUGUGUGCUGCGAGUUUGUCGCCUCCUGCCUGGGGCUCCCCCUUACCGAUGGGGUCGAGGCCGGCUGCCUGAGUAUCUCCAUCGUGAUGGGGCAGAACAUCCACUCCAUGCCCUCCAACUCAGUGUCAGCUGCCGGACGGAUUGGAUUCAUGCCAUUCAACCAACACACGACAGACAGAGAUGACGACACAGCGACACGGAUGCAUUGUGCGUGUUUCAUGACUGUGCCGUGCCCACCUGCUAAAGACAGAUCAUUGAGGCUCUUCUGGUCUACGCUUGGGAAGCCCCUACCAGCACCAGCACCAGCAGCUGCAGCUGCAGACGGUGCUGAUGCUGCUGCUGCUGGUGGUAGAGCCGCCACAGCUCCGGCCCGCUGCCUCGCCGUUUCCCGUGUAGCCGCCGGCAGCGGCGAGUUGACCUGCUCCUGCUGUUGCUGCGGUUGUUCAUGACGAGUAUGUUCCGCUUCGGCGGCGUCGUUGAAUAAGUUGAGGAGGUGCUGCAUGAUGCUGAUGUGCCGCUGCGCCCUCUCCAUCGUGGGGCGCAACGCCUGUCGGCUACCCUGGUCCACUGCCCAGGGAGGGAUGUUGGGACGCGGACCAGAUCCAAAUGACGGGACGAGCGGCGGAGGCAUCAUCACGGGGGCAGGGUGCAAGAGAGGAUGGUGCGCUUGACCGCCCGACGAAGCGGCCGCUGCAGCUGGUGCUGGAGCCGCUGGUGCCUGUGGAUUUUGACCACCGCUCGCCGGUUGAGUGUGGUGGAAACCACGGCCGCUCAGAGGAGCGCUCGACGGCACUUCGUGAUAACCAGAGGCAUACAUCUGCACAGGCAGAUUCUUGUGAUGAAUCACCGGGACAGCUUUCCUUGGCGAUGCAUCCCCUUACCAAUGAGCAGAGUCUGGUCUAUUGGUUCUUGCCCGGCCUCCCGCCCCUCGUCAACACCAGAAACUCGAGGGAUGCAUCGAUGCGCUCAAAAGGGACUCCCUUAGCUGAAAGUUGCGGUGCAAUGACUUCUACUUCGAGCAGCCUCCGUCCACCAGGGAUUUCCCAUCUCCCCC